AAUGACGUAUUGUAUGUUAAAUCAGCGUGUCGGCUCCUUUUUUAUAGAGAAUAUUAAGGAAAACAGAACUUUUAAACCACUUAAAAGUAGGCAGUUAAGAUAUGUGGCUGAAGAGCUUUCGGAUGAGGCUGAAUUUUUUCGAUUGUUACAGCCGAUCUUAAGAGAACGUGUAGCUGGAAGUGAUGGUAACAAAGCCGUAAGAAGGCAUAUUUACGAUCAUAUGAAAUCUUUGGGAUGGAACAUUGAAUUGGAUACAUUUGUUGACAAGACUCCUUUUGGGAAUAGGGAAUUCGAGAAUAUAAUAGCGACCUACCCGGCCGAGAACACCGAAACGCUCACGAUGGCUUGUCACCACGACUCAAAAUAUUUUGAUGAGUUUCGAUUUAUAGGAGCAACAGAUUCGGCAGUACCUUGCGCUAUGCUCUUACAUCUCGCUUCGCGGCUCAAUAAACUACUGCAAAGUUCUAAUUUGACGGAACGUGGCGUCACGUUACAAUUCAUUUUCUUCGACGGUGAGGAGGCGUUUGUUAAAUGGACCGAGAAGGAUUCGAUAUAUGGCUCACGACAUCUUGCUGAAAAAUUCGCCAAAGAAGUUGUAAUGGUGGGGAAUAAAAAAAAAAGAAGGAUCGAUACAAUCAAAGCUUUGAUUCUGCUCGACCUAAUAGGAGAGAAGAAUCCUCAAUUCUCAAACUUCUUUCCUGACAAAACUUCUAAACACUACAAGGCUCUUCAAGAAAUUAACGAUCAACUAGCAUCUUCUCGUUUACUUACUCCAGCUCCAAACUACUUUAGCAGACGCGAUGCCCCUUACUUCGGAAAAGUUGAGGAUGAUCAUGUACCCUGGUAUCAACGAGGUGUAUCUGUACUUCACUUAAUAGCUGUACCCUUCCCAAAGUCAUGGCACACAGCCGACGAUGAUCAGACUGCGUUACACUACCCAACGAUCGAGAACUUAAAUCGUAUUUUUAGAGUGUUUGUCAUUGAGUAUUUGCAUUUAAGAGUAAAAGUCUAA